CUUUAAUCCAUUUCUCUAUAAAAAGCAGUUCAUGGGUUGUAGCCUGAUCUUCAAUAGAACAAACAAAAAAGUGAUACAAGAUGAUUGGCUUGGUGCUAGGAACAAUUUUUUUCGGAUCAAUCCCUAUAUUCAUUUUCAAACGACAUACAAACGGUCAUGAGCCAAUACCGAAACAUAAGCGAGGCGGCGGAAGCACCAUCAUCGCAGUAUGUCUAAUCCUGCUUUUGUUCCUAACGCAAGCACUUGGAGCAAAUGUAUGCAAUGCUGCUGAUGGAACCUGUAAAGCCGGAGCAAAGUCAGAGACAUAUGCAGGAGACGAGUUUGACCCCUUUCACGAAGCUGAUCAUUAUGACGACGGUGAUGAAUGAUGAUCGACGGGGGAUAUGCAUUCCCCUGAAUCUUCUCAUAUUUAAAAUCCAAUAAUGAAAUGAAAAAUGUGUGUUUUUCAAUAGUUUAUUUCCGGGAAAGUGGACAUUUUCUCUUUUCCUAUUCCUUUUCUCCCCAUUUUAUACGAGUUGUGUUAUAUUCUUAAUACUUUUUCUGAUGAAAACGACCAGCAUACAUCACCACACUCUACAAGGAAUUUGUCAAAUAU